UCUAUAUAUAUGUAUUGUCAUCAAGACUGAUAUUAAACCACACCCAGUGUCGCAGCGGGAAGAGAUCCAAGCAAGGCAGCGGACAGAAGCAGGCGGUCGCUGCAGAUAUGCCAAGCCACGAGAUGGACGCGAAGACCGACUCCGAGGUGACGAGCAACGCCACGUCGUCCCCGGCUCGGCCGGUUUACUACGUGCAGAGCCCGUCGCGCGACUCCCACGACGGCGAGAAGACGACGACGACGACGACGUCCUUCAACUCCAGCCCGGCGCUGUCCCCGCCACGCUCCCACUCCUCCGUCGGCCGCCAUUCCCGGGAGUCGUCCUCGAGCCGGUUCUCGGGAUCGCUGAAGCCGGCCGGGGCCAGGAAGAUCUCGCCCCACGACGGGGGCGGAAGGGGCAGUCGCCGUCGAGGCGGCAAGACGUGGAAGGAAUGCGCGGUGAUCGAGGAGGAGGGACUGCUUGACGGCGAGGAGGACGACGCGGGCGUUCCUCGUAGGUGUUACAUCCUCGGCUUCGUCCUCGCCUUCUUCCUCCUCUUCUCCUUCUUCGCCUUGAUUCUUUGGGGCGCGAGCCGCAACCAAAGGCCUCGUAUCAUCAUGAAGAGCAUCACAUUCGACAACUUCAUCAUCCAAGCCGGCACCGACGCGUCGCUGGUGCCGACCGACAUGGCCACCCUGAACUCGACCCUCAAGUUCACGUACCGUAACACCGGCAGCUUCUUCGGCGUCCACGUGACCUCCACCCCCAUAGAUCUCAACUACUACCAACUCACAUUGGCUUCCGGAAACAUGAACGACUUCUACCAAUCAAGGAAGAGCAAGAGGGACCUCAGAGUGGUGGUGAAAGGGCACCAGGUUCCUCUCUACGGCGGUGGUUCAAGCCUUAGCAGCUCGGAGGGGAAGACGAGCGGGCCCGUGGGGAUGACCCUCGGCUUCACGGUCAGAUCACGAGCUUAUGUGCUGGGAAAGCUCGUCAAGCCCAAGUUCUACAGCAACGUGCAGUGCUCAGUCACCAUGGACCAGACCAAGCUCAGCACUCCAGUCUCCCUAAAGAACUCUUGCCGGUACAGUUAAUAAUGAGGAGACAUCAGAGGCUGCAAAAUGAAGAGAAGACUCCGUGGCUCAUUCACUCGAGUAAUAUUACUUUGUUCUCUUUCUUUGAGCUGUCAAGCUCUCAGAGAUCUGAGCGCGCAUUUACUCAUCUGCUCGAUCUGUCUCUCUCCCCAUUUUCCCAAACGAGAAGACAGCUAUGGAACUUGUGUUGUUCGAAGUGCUAUGGAGUUGAGAGUUUAGCUUCAUUCUUA